UUUAGAAAGCGAAAUUCAAUUAAGAAAUCAUUGGAGUCGCCUAAUCAAUCAUAUUAUCAUAUCCUUCUUUAGGAAAAAUUAGAAAGUCCUAUCAAUCAGGUUGGAGCGAUGAGGUGAGGUGAAGGGGAAAUAUAAAGUGAAGGCUGGAAGUUGAGCAGUAAAGCCUUGUUCUUUUCUUCUUUUAGCUUGUGGGUAGGAGGGAGGAAGGCAAGGAAGGAAGGAAGAAGCUUGGAGUCGGGGGAGAAAUGAUGGAGGAGAGGCGGUGGAGAAGGGUUGAGCAGCUGAUUGUGCUGUUUCCAGUACUGAUAUUCUUCUGCAUUCUGGGUUGCACCUCUGCUGCCACAGAUCCAUCCGAUGGCUACACAAAGUGGUGGUUUGUGUUGCUCUGUGUAAAAUCAGUUCACAGUUCUAGUUCAUUAGCUUACUUGAAGAGGACAACAGAAGCCACUGGAACUCAUCUCUGUUGUCUGGGAUUGCUGGGACUCAGUUACUUGCUCUGAUGUCAAAACUAGCUAGCUCAUUUCUCAUCUGCAUUAGUAGCCGGGGGCCGUAAGUCCCAAAUAACUUCUUUUAGCAGACAUUGACAGAGGAUACGAUUUAUGGACCUUGAUCUUAUUCGUUCCAAUUGUUAGUUUUCCUGUUGGAUAGGACUGACUGGCUCAUCAUAUCAACUAAGCAACUACCUUUCUUGUCUACCUCAUAGGAAGCUUUGCUUCUGAACCCCCAAAGAUAUAAUUUUUAGAAUCCGUGGUUCAUUUAAGAAAGAGGCUGUGGAUCGUUUAGUUUGGAAGGGUGGAAGAGUUAGCUAAUGAUGCAAGUUUACAAUCUCAGACCCAGAAGGUUAGAACUCUGGAGUUUCUUGCAGUAUUUCAAGGAAAUGGCACUUGGGAUCUUUGUCGUAUAUUCACAAUAGAGCUUUUCUUUCCCAAUUUUGCAACUACUAGAUUCUGUUAGGAGUAAGCCUUGUCAAAUGGUUAGUGACUAGCGCAUGUAUGUGUUCAUUCAUAAGUAGUUGUACACCCCAACUUCUGGUGACACCCUGGUUGUGAUGAGGGGUGGUGGGAACAGAUUAAGGCGAUGCUCUGGGGAGGGGAUUAUCGAAGAAAAUAUUCAUCUUAGUCAAUAGGUUUUUCCAAUUUUGAGAAAGCAAGUGAAUAAAAUUGUAUUCCCCCCCCCCCCCCCCUAAAUGUUAGUCAAUAGGUUUUCGCAAAUUAGUGAAUGACAAUGUAUAUCAUGUGAUUGUCUCGAGUUACUGGAUGCUGAUAUUGAAUUCUUCCUGCUGGAGCUACCUCGCUCGUUGACAACUAAACAUUUCCAGAUGACCCAUGUUUGAGGCUAGUAAAGCUUCUGCUCUACGUGUCAUGUACGGUUCCUUAAACUCGCCAGGACAGCUGACUCAGUGGAGCUCAAAUGGUGAUGAUCCUUGUGGCCAGAACUGGAAAGGCGUUACGUGCUCUGGCUCACGAGUCACGGAGAUCAAAUUGUCCGGUCUUGGACUCUCGGGGUCAAUGGGGUAUCAGCUUGACAGUUUAAAAGCACUGAAAAACCUAGACAUGAGCAGCAAUAAUCUCGCAGGCAGUCUACCUUAUCAACUACCACCAAACCUGGAAAGAUUGAAUCUCGCUAAUAACCAGUUCACUGGAGAAAUACCAUAUUCCAUUUCUCUGAUGACCUCUCUGAAGUACUUAAACCUUGCACAUAAUCAGCUUCAGAAUCAACUGGGAGACAUGUUUGGAAAGCUCCCUUCCUUGUCCACAUUGGAUAUAUCUUCCAACCAACUAACAGGGAAUCUGCCAGAGAGUUUUGGCUCCCUUCCAAGUAUGACAUCUAUGUACUUACAAAACAACCAAUUCACAGGCACCAUUGACGUCCUUGCUAGUCUUCCUCUUGAAACCCUGAAUGUUGCAAACAAUCGUUUCACCGGCUGGGUUCCACAACAGUUGAGCAGCACUAACAUCAUAAAGGACGGAAACAAUUGGAAUUCGGGAACUGCUCCUCCUCCACCACCUGGGACACCUCCAGUCCACAAACUCCCACGUCAUAAGUCUGGUGGCAGUGGUGGUGCAUCAAAUGGUGCAAGUGCUGAUGAUAGUGGCAGCAAAAAAUCAGGAAUAGGUGGUGGUGGUAUAGCUGGAAUAAUUAUAUCUAUCUUGGUCGUUGGUGCAAUAGUUGCCUUCUUCUUGGUGAGAAGAAGAUCCAAGAGGAGAUCAUCAGAUGUAGAAAAGCUUGAUAAUGAGCCAUUUGCUCCUCUUUCUGGCAAUGAAGUUGAAGAGAUGAAAUCCAUACAUAGUUCAUCCUCAAUCAACACUAAAACUUUUGAUAUCCCGCCAUCAAUGAGCCUGAAGCCCCCUCCUAUAGAUCGCACGAAGUCAUUUGAUGAGGAUGAAUCUGUCAAGAAGCAUGUUAUCAGGAAACGUGUUGCAGCUCCAGUUAGUGUGGCAACAUACUCAAUAGCGGACCUCCAAAUGGCAACUGGAAGCUUCAGUAUGGAACAUCUUCUUGGUGAGGGGUCUUUUGGGCGUGUUUAUAGAGCUCAUUUUGAUGAUGGAAAGGUACUUGCAGUGAAGAAAAUAGAUUCAGCUGCUCUAUCCAGUGAAAUGUCUGAAGAUUUUGUGGAGGUGGUUUCAAAGAUCUCGGACUUGCAUCACACCAAUGUCACUGAGUUAGUGGGCUAUUGUUCUGAGCAUGGACAGCAUCUGCUAGUCUAUGAAUUCCAUAGACAAGGAUCACUACAUGACUUGCUGCAUCUAUCAGAUGAAUACAGCAAGCCCUUGAUAUGGAAUUCACGCGUCAAGAUAGCACUUGGAACAGCACGUGGAUUAGAGUAUCUUCAUGAAGUAUGCUCUCCAUCUAUAAUUCACAAAAACAUAAAGUCUGCAAACAUACUAUUAGACACCGAGCUGAAUCCUCACCUUUCAGACUCUGGCUUGGCAAGCUUUCUGCCAAAUGGAGAUCAGGAUAUGCAGGCAUUGAAUCAGAAUGCAGGGUCUGGGUAUAGUGCACCUGAGGUUGCUAUGUCUGGCCAAUACACUCUCAAAAGUGAUGUGUAUAGCUUCGGAGUCGUGAUGCUGGAACUCCUUACUGGGCGUAAACCAUUUGACAGUUCAAGGGCAAGAGCUGAGCAAUCUUUGGUCCGUUGGGCAACACCACAGCUGCACGACAUUGAUGCAUUGUCUAAAAUGGUUGAUCCAGCAUUAAAAGGACUUUACCCUGUUAAAUCUCUCUCCCGGUUUGCGGAUGUUAUCGCUCUCUGUGUUCAGCCUGAGCCUGAAUUCCGGCCACCUAUGUCUGAAGUGGUGCAAGCACUGGUUCGUUUAGUGCAGCGAGCUAACAUGAGCAAGCGAACGACGGGGAACGAACAGACAGCGGGCUCCCAAGCUGAAAACUCAUCAGAUGCACAGGAUUAUAUGACUUAGUUAGCUGCACAAUAUAUUCCUCUCUCCAGAUACUCAACCGGUCCUUGGUACAGUUGUUGGUCGGGUAGUGUAGUAUACUUUUUCUGGUUGUCAUUGCUUGGAAGUUUUGCUACUGCUGUCAUCUGGUUGUCAUUCUACUUUGAAGUAGCCCCGAUUUGUGAAUUACUGUAAUAUGUGUCAAUAUUGCACCUCUGUCAAAAUAGUUGCCUUGCCGGGCUUACAAGUUUGAGGGUAACAUAUUGCCUUCAUAGUUUCGUGAGUCAACGAUAGUGCUCAAUAAAAU